AUGUCCGCUAUAGUUGAGAUGUGCCACGCUGUGGUCGCUUGUGGUGUCCUGAGACGUUUCAGUGCGGACGAUGCCCAAGUGACAUUUGAAGUCACUGCCGGCUUGGCAACAGGCGCAGUCGCCUGGAUCAAGUGCUUCGCUCGAUCCCAGCACCGCUUGGAGCAUGACCACAUCCUGGAUCUGGCAAAAUCCUGUCUUCACAUCGCCAAGAUGAACAUCAUCGGAGAUGCCACGCCGCGGGUGUGCUUCCGCUUCUUCGGGGGUUUGCCGCCAUCUCUCGCGGCAGCUGUCGCGGAACUCGGCAUUGAUGUCGCAGAGGGUGCAGUGCCGCCACAAGAUCCGUCAAGGACAACAGCGGACUCCAUUAACCUGGACACGACUACUCUGAUCGCAUUGACUUCGAACUUGUCUCAUGGACAGGUUGGCUGGACCUUCAAAGAUGCAGAGCUCGAGAAGCAGGCGGCAAUGGAAGCCGAGGCCCGCGCCCAAGAGGAGCCUGUCCUGCGGCAGCUUGCAUCAAUCCUCGGGGGCCGGCGGCUUGUGGUUUCUUCCACAGCCCUCGAAACCUACAAAGAGCUGAUCGAGAAAAUGGCCGGUGGCUACGCAACUCGGCGUCCAGAUGAACGGAAGCGUGCUGACGAGAUCGUCGCUGCACUCACCGUUGCUGAAGCAGAGCGGCCUGAUGGAUUCUUGACGUCUCGGAAGGUCUCGGAAGACAUGCUCAAGGUUAUCGGCGUUGGGCUUAAGCAUGGAAUCCCAACCUGUAUGGCAAACACCAAGGCAAUGAGAUCGAUCCAAGACCAGAGGCAAGGAGUCCACAUUUUGCAACACAUGCCACGUGCUCUUACCGAAGGCACACAAAGCAAAAAGACUUCGAAAAGGAACGAUCGUCGUCAUCCUAUCCAGGCUGAAGAGCUGCAGAAACUGUUCGACUACAUCCUCGGUGUAGGUGAUUCGCCAGGAGGGGCUCCAGUCGUGGAGAGCACUGACCCCGCGGAUUCCCUCUCAGAGGCGGUCGACGCUCAGGAGGAUGGAGAGGAUGGAGCAGACGCAUCCGGAUCUGAGUUGAAUGAUCCGCGCAGUCUCGAUGCCGGCCCUCCGCUGGAUCUUACCAGCGUAUGUGCUUGCAUUCUUGCAGAUGAGACAUUCCGUGAGAAAUGUACGCAGUGCCUUGGAGAGCUCAAACAGGCUUGCAAAGACGCCUUUUCAGGACCCGAGUUUCAGAUGAAGCCGUUCGACUGGUGCCCUGAGCCAGUCUUGACAGCCUUUGGCUCCACAGUGCAGGGCACAGCCAUCAAGACGUCAGAUCUCGACGUUCGCUUGUCCUUCGAGCAGUUUGAAGUAAGGGCCAAGGACAGACAAGUCCUCUACCUCACCACACUCUCGAAGCUUCAUGGAACUGCCUUCGAGCUCGAUCAGUUGAUUGCAACCGCGAGCUUGCCACUGCUGCGCCUCUGGUAUCGCCAACUCCAGGUGGACAUUACAAUGGGGCUCACAGAUGAUCUGGAGGUGGACAAGGUUCUGGCGACAAUCCUCGAUUCGGCGGCGCCUGCCGUACGUAACAUGGUGUGCAUGGCCAAGGCUUUCGCUAAAACCAACGAUCUCCUCAACGCCUACUCGGGCUACUUGAAUGCGGUGUCCUGGGUUUGCUUAUGCAUCGCUUUCCUCAAAGAGGAAUGUGAUGAUGCCCUGCAAACCAUCCCGCUUGAUGUUUGCACCUUCUCCAGGUUUCUGCAGUUCGUUGCCAAGAGCUGCCGGCGACAGCGCCACAUAUCGCUGGGGACGAGCAGAUCGAAGGGUGCGCGGCAUGGCCGAGCCACGCUCUUUAUCGAGCAUCCGACGAAUCCACACAGGAACCUGGCACAGUGCCUGCGACAAAGCCCUGCCAAGAAGACCGCUGAAGCAUGCGAGCGAGCGGCGAAGCAACUUCGCGGUUGCCCCAAUGCAGGAACCCUCGAAGAGACCCUGCGAGGUCUGCUUGGCGUAAGGAAACGGAAGGCCGACCCGGAGAAGGAGAGCAACGGAGCAGCCUGCGAGCCUGAACGCGAAAGGCUGCUGCGACCGCGGCGCUUCGUCAGGCACAAAAUCGGAGCAAAGCGUCCUGUCCGAUUUGCUUCAAUCAAGAAUGUCUGUGUUCUGCAGGCAGAGCUGGAGCAACAAAAGGCCGCCAGCAACAGCACAGCCGAUUCCCAGCAGGCCACAGCGAAAGAAUUGGAGACGACGGCGUCUGAGCUGAAAUCAGCCCGAGCAGAAGCAGACAAGGUGAAGGAAGAGUUUGAGGCGCUCAAGGAACGCCUGGAUGUGGCUCAGAGGAGUGCAGAAGAGGUCGAGCUGAAACGCUCGCAGGCAGAGGAAAAGCUGGCCGCUGAACAGCAGCGGUUAAUUGCUGUGCAGGAAGAACUUGACAUGCACAAGGAAAGCGCGCAGAAGCUUCAAGCUGAAUUCGAUGCGCAAAAGGAAAGCCUACAGACAGCACACAGGAGUACCGAUGAGACUGACAAGAAACGAACGGUAGCGGAGGAGCAACUCGCAGCGGAGCAGCAGAAAUUGCAGACUGUGCAAGCCGAGCUCGAUGCACAAAAGGAAAGCUUGAAAGAAGCCCAGAGGAAUGCACAUGAGCUGGAAGUCAAGCGGUCACAGGCAGAGGCGCAGCUGGCAACACAGCAGCAACGCCUGCAGAGU